AUGCCCAUCGCUCCCAUCGUAGGCAAGCUCCGCAAGCGGCUCAUCACCGACCUGUCAAUGGGUCUCGGUCUUGGAUUCGCCGGCGGAUACCUCUUCUGGUACACUGUGCACAAGCCCAUCGUCCACCAGCGUGACGAAUACUACAAAAAGUACGACGCGGCCAAGGCAUAG